AUGCUCGCCCACACAGGCCGUCGUGAUACUGUGCACUCUGGCCUGCAACACCUGGACAACGCAUCACCAAGACGUCGCAUCACCAGUCACAAAGCACGCCUCGCCAUGACCACCAUCAACCUCCAUCGUUACCACGACCCGCAUCUCGCGCGCUGCCGCGGAACUGCCCGACCGCCCCUGUCCGCUGCACGCCUGCCCGACGAUGACGAAGAAAAGCACGUCUUACUACGCAGGGACGCCCUCGUCCACUCACCACUCACCCACUCACCCACGCAUCACGCUCCGGUUCCCUUUCUCGCCAUCCCAUACCAUCGAACUCCAUCGAAUCCUCGUUUGCGUCGUCUGCCCUUCCUCGCGCGACCGGACGGGCAGCAGCCGCAUGUUGGCACGUCAAACCAGCGUCUGGGCACCGCCUGUGGGCGUGGCAGCCCACGCACCCAGCAGCCAUGUGGCAUGCCAGACAGACCACCCCCCCCUCUCGGCUCCCCCCUCUGCUAA